AUGGGCUCCCGGCACUUCCCCGCCCGGACCGUGCUCUUCGAGAAGGAGUCCAACGGCGUCACGUACCGUGUGCCCGCCCUGCUUUACCUGCCCUGUGUGGCCAAGCUGCUGGCUUUCGCGGAGGAGCGGCUGAGCGCCGACGAUGCCCAUGCCAACCUGCUGGUGCUGCGCCGUGGCACCAUCUACAGGAGUUACGUGGAGUGGGAAGACAUGCGCGUGCUGGAGACGGCGACACUGCAGCACCACCGGUCGAUGAACCCCUGCCCACUCUAUGACGAGUUCACUGGCACCCUCUUCCUUUUCUUCAUCACGGUGCUGGGCAGGACACCUGAAGCCUACCAGAUUGUCACCGGCCAAAACGUCACCCGCCUCUGCUGCGUCACCAGCGCUGACCAGGGCCUGAGCUGGAGCAUGGCCACAGACCUGACGCAGCAGGUCAUUGGCGGGGCCAUCAAAGACUGGGCGACAUUUGCGCUGGGCCCUGGGCAUGGCAUCCAGCUGCGGUCCGGCCGGCUGCUGGUGCCUGCCUACAGCUACCACAUUGACUGCAAGGAGUGCUUCGGGCAGCUCUGCAGGACCACCCCUCACUCCUUCGCCUUCUACAGCGAUGACCACGGCCGAGGCUGGCGCUUUGGGGAGUUCAUCCCCAACCUGCAGACGGGUGAGUGCCAACUGGUCUCGGUGGACGAGGAGGAUGGCUCCAACGUCCUCUACUGCAACGCCCGCAGCCCCUUGGGCUUCAGGGUCCAGGCACUCAGCACGGACGACGGGGCUGUCUUCCACGGGGGGCAGCUGGUCCAGCGGCUGGUCGAGCCCCCCCAUGGCUGUCACGGCAGUGUUGUCGGCUUCCCUGCACCUUUUGUCUAUGUUCCUGAUGCCUCCCGGGACACCGUGAUGCCCCUCCAGGGCUCAGCUCACCGGCUGCUCCCCAGGAUGCUCCCCAGGUUUCGCUACCUGCCCAUCCAGCGAGCAGCAGGUGAUGAGCUGCCUGCCUUGGCCACUGGCAGCCACCACGAGCCAGCUGAGCCCGAGGAGGGCUGUCCUACCUCAGGGCAUCACGGCCAUGCCCACGGCAGCACCUCGGUCCGAGGGGACCCCAGGGCAACUCCCAGCCCCGCUGCCCUCUUCCAAGCACCAACAUGGGUCCUCUACUCCCACCCCACCAGCCCCAUGUCACGGGUCAACAUGGGGGUUCACCUGAGCACAUUCCCCAGGGACGCGGAGAGCUGGACCGAGCCGUGGGUCAUCUAUGAGGGCCCAAGCGCUUACUCAGACCUGGCUUACAUGGAGCUGCCCUACAACGAGGCCUCCAUCUCUGGUGGCCCGGCCAUCGCUUUUGCCUGCCUCUACGAGAACGGGACACGGUCACCCUAUGAGCAGAUCUCCUUCAGCAUGUUCACACUGCAUGAUGUGCUCCAGAACAUCCCCCUGACAGCCACUGCUCCCUGGAGGGACAGUGGUCCCCCACGCCGCAGAAAGCGGGGGCGAAGGAGCUGCCUCGUCUCCUAG